AGCAGAAAGCAGGAUUGGAGGGGAAAAGGGGGAUUAAAUGAAAACUGGGAGGAUGAGGAAGAGUUGGUGAACAAGACGAGGAGGUGGUGAUGCCAAAGAGAGAGAGAGAGAGAGAGAGAGAAAGCUAGAGGAGUAUGUAACAGGCUGUUACAUGUCAGCAGCAGGCACUUGUAAAGGUAGCAGCAGGCUCUCUCUCUGUGUGUGUCUGUGUGUGUGUGUGUGUUGUCUUUAUUGCCAGCAUCAGGUGUGAGAAAUCCUGCUACAGCUAUCACUGAAACAAUCCCUAUUCUAAUCGCUCACUCACACUCACUCACUCACUUACACCCCCCACCCCACCCCCACAUGCUCACGAGCACUCACGCACACAUGGUGGCACAAGGCAACGCUAUUUGAAUUGCUCGACAUUUUAAAUAAAAAUAAAUAAAAAUAAGCCAAGUACAUUGAGGCUAUUCAUCUGAGUCAUUGUCCGUUCUUGCACAAAGUCGUGCACGCUCUUCAAGGCACCUUUGCUCUCUCACGUACGUGCACGAGCACGUAGACACACUAUUGUACCCCACUCUCUCCUGUCCUUUUCUCCAACACGCAUACACCAGUGCAAGUAUGGACAGCCUGCCUCAGUACAUAGAUGCACAGCUGACGAAUCCCUCCGCCGACACACUGGCAAGUAGUCCCUAAUUUAUGGGAUUGUUGAUAGAUGUCAGAUUAAGAGUCUAUUGCAGCUAUUGUUUAUAUAACACACAACCACGCCGUCUUUCUCUUUAUAUUCAAACGAGAAUAACAAGAAAUAAUAAUGAAAAGUGGGAAUUAACAGGUAGGCAGUUUUUAAAAGCUGUUUCACCCCCCGAAGCCUUUAAGUACAACAUGCUACUAAAUUAAACACAUAAGCGUGUCAUAUUACAUGUUUAGUGGCACAUCCAAAAAUGAAGAGUCGGCUACACUUAAUAGUUUUACGGGACUACUUUUUGUCAAUCCAAACGGCUGGUUGGGAGAGGCGAACGCAUCGGGGCGGAUGUCCACCUCACUUUUCCCCGGGUGUGGUCUGCCUCCCCGGCACACACACCGACGCACGCACACACACACAUCCACGGCUGCUUCCAUCUAUCCACGCUGUUCACUUCAUUGUACCGACUGAGCGCAUCAAUUAGGAGAGAAUUAGGCUGUUUCCGAUGCUGUAGUUGUCUCCUCGCGGCUUCGAAGAGGAGUACAACCCGCGGACGGAGGGCGCCGAGAAGUUUUGAGUGCGGCAGAGCGGAGAGAAGCGACGCACAGCCAUGCCCUCCGUGAUGGAGCGCUCGGGGUCCGGGGUCCUGUCCAGGAGCAGAGCCAAGACCAUAACCAACGGCAACAGCCAACCACACUCUGAAGAGGAGAGCAGCGACGAAGAGCACGCUCAUGACAGUAUGAUCAGAGUGGGAGGAGACUACCAGGCUCAGAUACCAGAGUUCAAACCAGACAGUCCAACCUGCUACAAUGAGAAGGACCAGAGGAGCAUGUUGGUCUGGUGUCCCAACAGUCAGCUGUCUGACGCAAUGUUGGACGAGUACAUCCUGAUGGCUAAAGAGAAACACGGAUACAACAUGGAGCAGGCUCUGGGCAUGUUAUUAUGGCACAAGCAUGACGUGGAGCGCUCCCUGGCUGACCUGGCCAACUUCACCCCCUUCCCAGACGAGUGGACGGUGGAGGAUAAGGUGCUGUUUGAGCAGGCCUUCAGCUUCCACGGCAAGAGCUUCCACCGCAUCCAGCAGAUGCUUCCUGACAAGCUGAUCUCCAGCCUUGUGAAGUACUACUACAGCUGGAAGAAGACCAGGACUAGGACGUCCGUCAUGGACCGACAGGCCAGGAGGCUGAUCAGCAAGAGAGAGAAAGAAGAUAGUAAUGAUGAGAUCGAGGAAGCAGACCCCGGCAGUGACAGUGACUUUGAGAUUGACACCAAGAAAGAGGCAGUGAAACAAAACCCCAACAACGCCAAUACUGACAAGGCGCUCCCCAGCCGCGCUGGGCCGGUGAAGAAGGAGACCAUCGGGGCUCAGUACCGCCAUCACCCGCUCAGAGCCCGCCGCCGGCCCCCCAAAGGCAUGUACCUGCAGCAGGCCGACAUCGUGACGGUGUCGGCCUCCCAAGACGCCGGGGUGCACACGCUCCGCAACCUGGACACGCAGUUGGUGUCGCUCAAGAGACAGGUCCAGUCUAUUAAACAGAACAACAGUAGUGUAAAGCAGAGCUUAAUUGAAGGGGUUGACACUUUUAAACCCGCUGAGCCUGUCCCUAAAAUGAACUCUCGUUGGACCACCGAGGAGCAGCUCCUGGCUGUGCAGGCUAUCCGUCGCUAUGGUAAAGACUUUGGAGCCAUCGCUGAGGUGAUCGGGACCAAGACGCCAGCUCAGGUGAGCUCGUUCUUCGUGAGCUACCGGCGCCGGUUCAACCUGGACGAGGUGCUGAGGGAGUGGGCGGCCGAGCAGGUGGCCACCAGCCGAGACCAGAGAGACGCCAGGAGGAGCGGCGAGGACACGGCAGCCGCAGCAGAUGGAGCAGCUGAGGAGGACGAGGUCAAAAUGGAGGACUCUCCCACCGACAUCACCGGCGGCUCCUCUCCUCCCUCCUCCGCUCAGACCACUUCCUCCCUCUCCCAGCCUCCUCCACUGCUGCGCCCCGCACCUCCCUCGGCUCCUCCUAGCCUCCUCCGGCAGCCUCCUCCCCUGCAGACGCGGCCACUCCAGAACCGAGCGCCCCACAACCACCCCCCGCCCCCGCUCAUCCGGCCCGCUGUGACCUCCACAUCCACCUCUACCGGGAGCUCCAGCCUCAAGGCGUCUCCUCCCAGCUCCUCCUCCACUGCAGGCCAGAUGCCCCCGUCGCUGGUCGGGCUCAAAGUGGAGCAGCCCAACUCUCAUUAAUGUGUGUAUAUAUAAAUACACACACACACACACACACAUUACUAUAGGAAUAGAAACACAAACAAAUUAGCAUGAAAACAAACACAAUGCUUUCUCUAGUAACUCCAUCGCUCCUCGUCUUUGUUCGUGGGACCAUCACACGUCACAUGACCAUCACAUGACCACACGAACCAUCGAACACGCUCAGGUCCCCAAGGUGACAUCAAAACUCCUCAAAUGCAGGAAGUGUGUAAGGACCCCCCCCCCCCCCCCCCUUUUAGAAAAGCAGUGGGCUGAAGCCCCUUUACUGUUCUAACAAACACCUACCUCCAGACCGUUGUUCUCAACACACACACACACUAGGAACUCAAAACACACACUACCCGCACACUUCUGAACAACACAAAGAGACAUUGGAUUGUCAAGCUGUUGAGGAAAGCCAUGACCGCAGAGAGCAAAAACCCCACCUGCUCGUUUCCAUGGCAACUGCUGAACAUCUGGAUUGCGGCUGUUGAACACAGACACACACCGUACAUCUUCUCUUUAAUGUAGGUUCCACUGGGCAGGUAUCAAGUGACUCGAACAACCUUCAGGAAAAUGAAAUAAUGAAACGAGAUCAAGAAGAAGAAGAAGAGUUUCCAGCGUGAGCCAAACCCGAGAAGUCGUGCGGAAGGGCGACGCGAAGAAACGGACCUUUUUGAGCUUUGCUUUAAAACUUGGACCAUCUUGGGAGAGAAACGGUACUUUUGCAAACGGACCAAAGCCGAGUUUGCUGACGCAGCUUUUAAUAGUUGAAGCCGUCUGCUCAGAAAUGGGAAAAACCGAAGAGCGAGAGCUCCCUCGUCUCCCUCUUCUCAUAGCCAUGUAUUACUAGUAUUAACUGGAGUAAUGUUUUCCCCUUUUCUUUGACUAGACUUUUAAAGUGAGCCCUAGGCAGGCAGUUAGUUAUUGUAAGUAGUUUAGAUGGUGCAAACUUUAUUAUUUUUAUGAUGAUUAUUGACUUGGCACGAAGGCGAAUCGGAGCCGUUUAACACGGCGCUGUUCUUUACUGUUGAGGAACGUUUUCUGUCUCUGGACAAUGUGUCGGGCAGGUGUGCUUUCUUUCUUUGAAGCGGGUUGAGGGGCGCCUCACCUUAAAAUGUUCUGCCAAAGUCUGCUUCGGCUUCAAUAGUUCGUCGUUCCACAGAAUUCCCACGUCUCCAAUUAGCUGUGGAGCGUCAGAGACGAGCGUUUGUCAAGUCGCCGCGUCGGCUUGCCAGGUACAGACGAAAAGGUGUUUCAAGGCUUUUUGGUAAACACCGAUUUGCUUUCUUGCCGAGAGCGAGACGAGAAUAUUCGUACCGCACUCGUGGGUGGGAGAGGGUUCGGUGGAGCCGGUUGUUGGAUGUUCUCGUCUCUAUAGAACUAGUGCGUCUUAAAGAAGUGUGCGUCUCGAUCCUGUCGCAGUGCGUGUCGGCCUCCGUCCGGCUCCUCUAGUUCCCAGUUCACCAAGGUGACCUCUGGCGGCCUCGUGAACUGAAGACUGAGUGAUGAGCGGCUGCGUCCUCGUGUGUGUGUGUGUGUGUGUGUGUGAAGCUGCUCGGUGCUCCUCCUCUCAGCUCGGCCUCCACCGGGCGCCAGGCGACUCGCUCCAUCACGACGUUUGGCUUUAAAGCGGCUCGUCUUUUGUUCUUAGCGUGGACUUGUUUUCUUAAUUGUUUCCUUCCUCCAAAACACGGCCCGUGUGAACGUACUGUAUGUGAGAAGUUGUUUACAUUGUGGAAACUGAACCGCUUGUGUUUGACAAAUGUUUUUUUUUUUUUUUUUUAGAAUAAAGAAAUGACCAAAUAGUCCAGCGUUAAGAGCAGGUUAUCCACACUCAUGUCGUCUGUGAGAUUAGGGUGCGGCUCUGAAUACAUUCGGCCUUUUGCUCAACAGAAUGAAGAAAACCCCCGACUCGUCAGAAUACCAUCCGUUGACGGGUCCAGCCUCCUGCAGCUGUGUGUCGGGCCUCACCUGAGGCCCGAUGAGAGGAUCUGAAGUGUGUUUUAAGACCUGUGCUGUAAACGUUAUCCUCCACAUGUCUGAAAUGUGACAUCACAAGUCUGACAACUCAACAAGAUCGACUCGUGACAUCAUGAGCCUCAGGAAUAUGUCUGGCGCACCUGAAACUGACCCAGUUGUAAGUUCCACACAGGAAGCGGUCAGGGGACGCCCCCUUCUGCUGACGUGGAGUAUCACCACCGGCCUCUGAAACACCACAGAGUUAAACUAGCGGCACGUUUUCAUCUUCAUUUUCAUUCCAUAAUCUGUAAAACAAUAUUAAAUGCUGGUUCAAAUAGUUCACAAUUCCACUUCUCUCUAAAGGCUGUUAAUGUGUUCACAGGAUUAGAGCUGAAGAGGGGAUUGAUAUGUAAUAUGAAUAUUUGACUACAUAUGAGAACCCGUUGUUGGGCAGAAUGGAGGUUUAGUAAACAGGGAAAUUGCCGUAGAGCCUCCUGAAUUAUUCAGAUUAUGAACAAUUAUGAACCUUGAUAACUUCAUGACGCUGCUGGCGAUGUGAGCCAGAGCUUUAGAUACUAAACGGGAUCUUGUUUAUCUCAUUAUGGAUUUCAGAGGCAGAUUAUUAUAUCAGUUUUUAUUACUAUCAUUGUAAUUUUUCAUUUUGUCUUUGCACAAAAAAAACAAAUAAUAUAUUUUGCAGGAGCUGAUCACCCCUCCCAAACCCACCACUACAGUUACAGUUUGCUCAAAACACAUUUUAAAUCAAUGUAAAUUACAGCAAUGUAAAACGAAAAUAACGUAAAUAAAAUCAACCCUGAAAGAGAUAAUAUAACAGCAACAGCCAGAAUAAUAAUUAGAAUCCAAUACCCAGCACCUUAAUACAUGAUCAACUUUGAAAGAAAAAUCUGACGUAUUAAAAACUGAAAGAAAAAUAACAAAUGACAGUGUAUCAUCGUGAAAGAAAGUCAGGUACGACCAGCUGACGGGACCCACCGGUAUCCGCCUUUCUCUAACCCCCCCGCGAGUGUGUGUGUGUGUGUGUGAGAAAGGAAGUGACGUCUUGUGGUUCGUGGUUUCGAGCGUGAACGUGAGCUCCGACGCGAGAAACGUUUUGGCGGAGACUUUUUUCACGCUUUCUCUUUCCCCUUCGAGCCUUUCUGGACCGACGAGGCUCCGAAAGAACAGACGCGUGAAAUAUAAAAAGGAAUAUGGCCAAAAACCUGAACGAGCGGUUGUCGGCGUCAUCGUCCUUAAAUACACCGAUUAUAACUGCUGUCUGCACAUGGGGGUGGGCGGGGGUAAUCUGAUACACUGAGCUGUGUGUGUGUGUGUUAAAAGGUGCACUACACUGAAAAAGGCAGCAAAGAUAUGAUCCGACGUGACUCCGUCAACUCCAACCCCCAAAAUCCAAAUCUGUACAAACCCAAAAUGUCCAACGACACAAACAAAAAUAUAUCAAAUCAAAAGUAGAAGAAAAUAAUUCACCAUUCGUCAUUGAAUCUUUUUCUUUUUUUCCUCCAGUGAUCUUUUAUAAUACACACACACACACACACUCUAAAGGCCUGUGUAGCAGAGAGCGGAUGUGUGUGUGUGUGGGGGGGGGGGGCAGAAACAGGGACGAUGUGUCGGUUCAGGGUUGACAUGGAUAUGAAGGCGUGAUGCCAACCGAUAACAAAAACAAAAAAAAGUACAAAUAAUUAUUUCAAGCAUUUAUGUGCUGACAACAAAAACAAACCCGAAAUUAAAUUCUACAAUGAAAGGCAACAUAAAAUCCAUCAACAAGCCCGUCCACGAGCUGCCGUCCCUCCCCUGUUUCCCCGUAUGCCCCUCGUUUCCAGUGCACAACUCUUUUUAAAAGCCAUAAAAGAAGAAACUAAAUUAAAAGAGACCAAAGAAGAAGAAAAAAAAGUACGGCCUUGGCUUGGAGACGGGUCGAAGCCCGUACGAUCGAUGACGUCAUCGAGUCUGACUGGACCCCUCAGACCUGAUGGCAUGAGAGGAGAGGAAGAAAAAAAGGGAGUGAAGAGGCGUACGAGAUGGACGUGUUUGUGCCGGGUUCAGUUGGAGAGAGGGUGGUGAAAAGUGAGUGUGUGUGCAUGUGUGUGUUUGGGGUGUGAGGAGGGAGCAGGGGGAUUUUUAAAAGUUCAUUUUUUUGUGCGGGAAGGGAGGUAGAGAGGAGAGAAGAGGAGAGGGUCCUUUAACCAGCAGCAUCAGUCAAAAAUCCAUCCGCAU